UUUUAAUAUUAUUCCAGUUAUAUCACGGCGUGUCAGCUUAAUGUAGGAGGAAAGCCCGAAGGUCUCGGAAACACCGGUCUCGAUUCUUUACAAGAAUAUGUACAUUUGGUUACUACGGAGCCAUACACUGUUCUUGUCCAGAGAUAUCAUCUGAACUAACGAUGUUCCGAGCACCAUAUCUGCCGAACGGGGAUGUCCCGGGCCAAGGGGUCGAUAACCGUUCAUAUUGUGACAGCGACAUGACGUACGAUGAGAGUAACCAUGGACUGGAUGAUACGUUUGAUGAAGAUGCGGAGGAGGGAGAGGAGGACCGAGUCAGCCAUGAUGACCUCGAGGAGGAGGAUCACGAGACGUCUCAAAUGAACUGGGAUGUGUUCCGGGUAGUGCCCCGGAAGGAAGAACAUGUACGCAAUCUCCGUUUCUGGAACCGCGUGUAUGUGGGUGUCCGAAUCACAUUAUGCGGUGUUAUUUUCCUCUUUGUCCUGGGUACUGGGACAUUCACCAAGCUCUGCUUCCUCCUCAUUGCCUACAACAUGAACUACCACCACGCCGCCGGGGGAGACGCCCUGUCAGGUGCAGCAGAGGACGUGACUGUCAGAGUAGCGUGGAUUUGGUCGAUGCUAAUCCUUAUCACAGCGCCUUAUGUCUUCACCAUUUUGAGAAAUAUUUUCAGAGUCAUCUUCAAGAAGCAGAAGCAGCUGCAGAUAAUUCCCUUCCUUGUGGUCAUGCUGUUUGAGACCUGUCACACUCUCGGUCUGUGCAUAUUCGUGUUCUUGGUUGCUCCAACCUUCGAUCCUGUCAUGGUCUUACUGUUGUGUCAGGGAGUGGGGUUCGUGCCCGCAUUCAACAAAAUAUUUUGGACUCGAAAAGAAAAUGCAAACAAAGAAAAUAGCCACGAAGCAUUUGCGUCUCCAUUUUGGAGGUCAGUAUCUGUAAUAACUUUUAUACUUCAAGGAGUUUUCAUAGGUGUGUCAACUUGGAAGGGAUAUGUCAAAACAGCUAGACCUUCCGCGACGGUAAUUUUGCUACCGUUGUCUCUUGUUCUGAUUUCAAUGCGAUGGUGGGACAACUUCAUACAGAGAAAGAAGUCAGUCACCCCCAAAUCUGAAAAACAGAAAGUAGUUACUCGAUUCGACAAACCACAAUCCUUUACGGAUUUACUCAAACGCAUCGACACAAACAGAGUUAAAAUAGAUCUGUUGGUUUCAGUGUGGAAAAUAGUUUUAACGUGUAUAAUUCUAGUUAUAUUGUUCGGUUCAA